AGCGGAGAUGUAAGCGUCCUAAAAUUCUACACUUUCGUGCCUCUUCUCUGCGGACUCAGAUCUUCUUGCGUGUCUUGCGCGUCUGUGUGGGCACGCUAGGCAUACAGUCUACCAUGGCUCUAGCGUCCAGCGCCCGUGGACCUUUACGAACCGGAAGAGUCCUUUCAGCCAAACGGCUCGGCCGGCACUUCCGGAAGUGCUGCGCAGGGUUCCGGGAGAGGGCUGGCGGGAGACGGAAAGGCGGCUAUUGACGCGGCAGCUGGAGGAUGAAGAAGGAGCAUGUUAGUCACUGUCAGUUCUCCGCGUGGUACCCACUCUUCCGAAGCCUUACUAUCAAGAGUGUCAUUCUCCCGCUUCCUCAGAAUGUGAAAGACUAUCUACUUGAUGACGGGACUCUGGUGGUCUCAGGAAGGGAAGAUCCGCCAGCAUGCUCCCAGUCAGAUAGUGGUGAUGAAGCGGAGGAAACACAGUGGUCCGACGAUGAGAGCACGGCCACACUUACGGCACCAGAGUUUCCUGAGUUCAACACUCAAGUCCAAGAAGCUAUCAAUUCGCUGGGGGGUAGUGUCUUCCCUAAGCUUAACUGGAGUGCCCCAAGGGAUGCACACUGGAUAGCGAUGAACAGUUCUCUGAAGUGUAAAACCCUCAGUGACAUCUUCCUGCUUUUCAAGAGUUCUGAUUUCAUCACCCAUGACUUCACACAGCCGUUUAUCCAUUGCACUGAUGAUUCUCCAGACCCUUGUAUAGAGUACGAGCUUGUUCUCCGAAAAUGGUGUGAAUUAAUUCCUGGGGCUGAAUUCCGAUGUUUUGUCAAAGAAAAUAAGCUUAUUGUUGUGUUCGAUAUACACAGGGACAGUAGGGGGAAGGUGUGGCUCAUUGACUUUAAUCCAUUUGGAGAGGUCACAGACUCACUGUUGUUUACUUGGGAAGAGCUAACGUCUGAGAACAACCUGCGCGGUGAUGUCACUGAAGGGGAUGCUCAGGAGCAGGAUUCUCCGGCCUUCCGUUGCACAAACAGUGAAGUCACAGUGCAGCCCAGCCCCUACCUGAGCUAUGGGCUGCCCAAGGAUUUUGUGGACCUUUCCACCGGGGAGGAUGCUCACAAGCUCAUCGACUUCCUUAAGCUGAAGAGAAAUCAGCAAGAGGACGACUGAGUGCUGCUCAGAGAACAGGCCGAGAGGGAAGCGGCUCUGGCAGAGGCUCGCAUAGGACACAGCUGGGGGCAGAUGGGUGGGCAGGAUGCAAAAUCAUUGUCUUUUAUAUUCAUGGAUAUUUACCUGGAAAAAGAUGGAGGGCCUUUGGUACUUGUAAAAAAAUAGCAUAAUAAAUAGAUCUUAAACCUAAGGAAGUGUACUGUGAUAGUUUGUAUAUGCUUGGGCCAGGGAGUGGCCUAGUUGGACUAGGUGUGUCACUGUGGGUGUGGGCUUUAAGACCCUUACCCUAGAUGCCUGCAAGCCAGUAUUCUGUUAGCAGCCUUCAGAUGAAGAUGUAGAACUCUCAGCUCCUCCUGCACCAUGCCAGCCUGGAUGCUGCCAUGCUCCCACCUUGAUGAUAAUGGACUGAACCUCUGAACCUGUAAGCCAGCCCCAAUUAAAUGUUGUCCUUUUGAGAGUUGUCUUAGUUGUGGUGUCUGUUCACAGCAGUAAAACCCUAACUAAGACACAUACUGUUCUGAAAAUAAAAUAACUUUCUAUG